AUGGUGUUGUCGGAUACGGCGCGGGAUUCCGUCCAAUUUUCACAGGUUCGAAUCCCGCCGCCUGAGUUCAACGAUUUGGUUCCAUCUGCGCCGGAUGCUAUCGCAGGUCUACCAAAAAGGGAAAUUGUACGUUUCGACGGGGAUCCGAUGAAAUAUUGGUUGUUUAUACGAAGUUUUCAAGCCAAUGUUAUGAGUAUUACUUCUAACCCUUGUGUGAGACUUUCAUAUCUGAUUAAUUACUGUGAAGGCCAGGCACGCGAGGCUAUUGAGAGUUGUGUUAUAUUGGAUCCGGAAGAGGGUUUUCUUGAUGCCAUGGAGACGCUCAAAUCGAGGUUCGGCCGCCCUCACUUGAUUGCUAGAGCUUACAUCGAAAGUCUAGUCAAAGGACCAUCGAUCAAGGCGAAUGAUUCGGAAGCGCUCCACAGAUUAGCCGGGCAGAUGAAAACUUGCUUAAAUACGCUGCAACAACUAAAUUACGAGGCCGAUCUGAACGCGACUGUGACGGUGUCGGCUGUGAUUAGGCGACUGCCUUACUCAUUUCAGCUCGAUUGGUCAAAGAAAGCUACCAGUAUCCUCCGCACUUGUAGAGAGCCCGCCUUUAAAGACCUGUACCAGUUUGUUUGUGACGUGGCUGAGACUGUUACUACUCAGGCUAUGUACUCGAAUGAAAUCAUGAGAAGGACUGAAGGACCCUACACGGCAGACAGACCUCAAAGCCGUGGCAAUCGCAUAACUACCUUGGCAACCGGAGGAACAGUGCCGCAGACUCAGAGACGCGCGCCCUCGUGUGUCGCGUGCACAGCGCACCAUUACCUUGAUCAGUGCCCUCGAUUCCAAGCCUUUGAUCAUUCCGAACGCUUGCUGCUCGUUUCUGGAAAGAGUCUAUGUGAACUAUGCCUCAAAGCUAACCACACGUCUGAGCUUUGCAGAUCCCGAGUCACGUGCGGAUUCAACGGUUGCCAGUUGAAACAUCAUCCUUUACUACACGAAGCCAAGACGAACCAACUAACUUCACCAAGAGCUGUGGUAAACGAAACGAAUGUGUCGUGGGGUCGAAUAGCUUUAGGGAUUAUUCCAAUUCUGCUGCGUGGAAAAACCAAGUCACUGGUGACCAAUGCUUUACUUGACCCAGGAUCUGAUUCGUCACUUGUCGAUGAACAGCUGUUGCAAAGGCUUGACUUACCAGCCAGACCGUCAGUGGUACAAAUAGCAACGGUUAACGGUGAUUCAACGAUGUGCUCGCAAGUUGUACGCCUAGAGUUGCAACCGCUAGAAGGAGGUAAAUCACUGCAUGUGGAUCAUGCGUGGGCCGUCAAAAGGAUGCCUAAGGUACAGAGGAUAAUACCGGAGCCAGAACGCCUGCGCAGUUGGGAACACUUAAAGGACCUACCGUUUAUCGAUGGUUGUGAUGAAGGAGUCGGAGUGCUUAUUGGCAUGAAUGUCCCGGAAGCCCACUGGGUGCUUGAGCAUCGGUAUGGAAAACCGUCAGACCCCUUUGCCAUACGAACACCGUUAGGUUGGAUCCUGCUCGGUCCGGUGGGGGGGAAAGGCGUAACGAACAUUUACACCAACUCAAUCAGU